AUGAUACACUUUUGGAGAAAAGAGUGUAAUGCUUUCAGUCAGCAUAUUGGGUUGUUGCAACGUCGGUUUUAUACGGAAGUAAAACUACGAGAUUCUUCUAGGUUUGUUACCUUAAAAGAUGUGGGUAAUCUAAGGGCGACUAGUUUACCUGAUUUUAUAUCAUCGCCUAGUUCUAAACUCCAGUCGUUAAUUUGGCAUAGGCCAAUGCAAAAUGUUUUCUUGAUGAAAAAACCGUGGACAAAUACCACUAGAAAGGCUAUGGUGGAAUUCAUUACGCAUUUGCAUGACUCUUAUCCGGAAAUAAAUGUUAUAGUGCAGCCCGAUGUGGCCGAAGAGAUUUCUCAAGAUUUUAGAUCCAUGCCUAAAUCGAACCCCAACCAGCCACACGUAUUGUACACGGGGCCCAAUUCUGAGAUUAUCAAGAAAACAGAUUUGCUCGUUACGCUUGGUGGUGACGGAACUAUUUUAAGGUCUGUGUCACUUUUUUCACAUACACAAGUACCGCCUGUCCUUGCGUUUAGUUUGGGAACAUUAGGAUUCCUCUUACCAUUUGAUUUCAAGGACCAUAAAGAAGUCUUCGAAAGAGUUCUUACGUCCAGGGCUAAAUGUCUACAUAGGACUAGACUUGAAUGUCAUUUAGUAAGAAAUGGUCAAACAAAGCAGACAAAAUCACUACAUGCCAUGAACGAUAUUUUCUUGCAUAGAGGUGACUCAUCUCACUUAACGAAUCUGGAUAUUUAUAUCGACGGUGAAUUCUUAACUAGAACUACUGCAGAUGGUGUCACAUUGGCAACUCCAACUGGAUCUACAGCAUACUCCCUAUCUGCAGGCGGAAGUAUCGUAUCGCCGUUGGUCCCAUCAAUUUUGCUAACCCCCAUCUGCCCCAGAUCUUUAUCUUUCCGCCCACUGAUCCUACCAGAGACAUCCCACAUCAAAAUCAAAAUCGGCUCCAAAAAUAACGGAGGACCGGACAGUAGUGUGGUAAAGCUAUCUAUUGAUGGAAUUCCACAAGACGAUGUGUAUGUGAAUGACGAAAUCCAUAUAGUGAACGAAAUCGGGACCAUUUACGUCAAUGGAACCAAAUUACCAUUACCCCAGGAAGCACUCAAGUCGGCAAAACCUUCAGUUAAGAAUGCAGGAAUAUACUGUGUUGCGAAGACAGAGAAUGAUUGGACAAAAGGAAUCAACGAACUCUUGGGCUUCAAUUCUAGCUUCCGGUUUGCUUCAAAACCGUAA